CCAUGGUGUCAUCAGGGAGGGAUGUGGAGGCGUUGACCGUAUGGAGCCCUGAGACGAGUGUGUCAGCAGAUGAUUGGCCGAUCACAGAGAUAUGAAGACUUUAAAACAGCCCUCUGUUCUGACCAGAGCAUCUUCUUCUGGAGGAAAACCGUCUCAGCAGCGUGAUGAAGACUUGUGUGGUCCUCGCUCUCUUCCUGAUGGCAGGUGUGUCUCUUGGAGACAUCCAGAAGAGAGUCAAUAAUGGAAGGCCGUGCACCGCUGAUGAAACCAAAUCUUUUGUUUUCAUUAACGACUGUUCUGGUACCGUCAUUGACGGGAACUGGGUUAUCACUGCAGGACACUGCAAGGGUAGAAAAAAGCUCAGCAAGAAAUACGACAUUAAGGACGUCAACUUAAAUCUAAAAGUCACCUCGGAGAAAACCUUUCCACACAAGACUGCUGACGUCAUGCUGAUCAAAGGGAACACCGGCAUGACUGGUAUGCCCUUGGUGUCUGAAGCUGACUGCGACCAAGUCAUGAAACAAAUAAGCCCCACAAAACCUGUAAAGAUGGUCAUUCCUGCUAAGGACACACAGGCUAAGAAAACUACUGGGAAACUUGCUUCCAUGUGUGCCGACAUCAAGGUGGACAGAUCAGGCCCUCAUCCUAUAACCAAGGAAAAUUGCGUGUACUGGACUCCUCUUGCCUGCAACAGCUGUGAGGGGGAUUCUGGUGCUGGAUAUAUUUACAAUAACGCGCUGUUUGCUGUUCAUAGUGGAGAAAAUGAGUAUACGGACAAUAAAGGAAAAGUGGUCAAAGUAGAGAAUGUUGGACACAUCGUCUGUAAUGGAGACAUACGUAAUUGGAUUGUUAAUACUAUGAAUAAUAAUCCCUAAAAGUGUCCUAGUUGUGUGAUCCUUGUUUGUGAGCAACAAUAA